UCAAACGGCGGAAUUCGCCUGCUUCCACAGAGUGAAUCAGGCUGCGAAUUGCGUGCACAACAUCGACUGGGUUUGGACAUUUUUCCAUCCAACGCUCCACCUCAUUGAUUCUAUAACAAGUUUGAAAUUCAGGAAAAAAAGGCUCCGAACACCGCUAAAACAUUAAUAACUAUAGCAAUGGGACUUUCUCGUGAUGGAUAUUUGCAGUGGAGAAUAUAAGUGUAAGUAAACGACUUUUCACUAAUAACUCGAGUGCAGUUACAGCUGAAGCCUGUUUUGUUCGUCUGUUAAUGAUCUGCUAGAAAGUCAGCAGUAUCUUUGUUAGGGCCAAUUAAGCAGGACUGCAUUUUUACUUUCUGUAAGAAAUCAACAAAUUAAUAAUUUUUAUGGGGAGAAAGCCGGUGUCUAAAUCGUCAAGUCAAAAUAUAUGCACAAUCUGAGAGCCAAAGAGUAGGCUACUCCGUCUGUGGUUCGCCUUAGGGUACACAAGUCUGUCGCCAUGAGUUUAGUUGGAGGGUUUCCCCACCACCCGGUGAUGCAUCAUGACGGCUAUUCCUUCGCAGCUGCAGCUGCUGCCAGUCGCUGUCAUGAAGAACCCCCAUAUUUUCAUGGGUGGCUUAUCAGCCAUCCGGAGAUGUCUCCUCCAGACUACAGUAUGGCACCCUCGUACAGCCCCGAAUACUCAGCAGGAGCCCACGGGCUCGACCACUCGCACUACGAAGGAGUACAGGGGGCCGGCGCCGUUGGAAUGGGACCCCGACCAGUGAAACGUAAACCCACGGCAAACCGAAAGGAGAGGCGCAGGACUCAGAGCAUCAACAGCGCCUUUGCAGAACUCAGAGAAUGCAUUCCCAACGUGCCCGCGGAUACGAAGCUGUCCAAAAUCAAAACCCUUCGUUUGGCUACCAGUUACAUUGCUUACCUUAUGGACAUUCUUGACAAAGACGAACAGAACGGGGAAGCAGAGGCCUUCAAAGCGGAAUUCAAAAAAACAGACGCCAAAGAAGAAAGGCGAAAGAAAGAAACGAACGACGUUUUGAAAAAUUCAGGGAGCAGCAAUGACAAGAAAACUAAAGGGAGAACUGGUUGGCCGCAGCAUGUAUGGGCAUUGGAACUGAAACAAUGAGACUAAUGCAAAAGACACGAAAUGAGGCCCUCUAAACUCAUUUUUAGUUGUUCUCUCACAUUAUUUAAUGGAAUAUUUAAGUGCAAUUUCCCGCUACGGACAGUGGAUAUUUGAGGAAAAACC